AUGCCACCGGCGAUUCUGCGCUUGACGGUGUUCUCCACCAUGUUGCUCUCGUCUGCAAACGCUGCGCUACGUCUGGAGAACAGCGCACGACUUCUUCAAGCCGAGUCGAGCUCAGGUUGGCCAACUCUUUCCAUCGCCGUCAAGCCGAGUGUCGUUGGACAUCCUGAUUGCAGGUACACUAUGUCGGCCGUGCCAGUUCUUUCGGAAGGCGGGACAAAGGUACUCUACGAUGUCUCCACCAGUUUCGACCAUCGUACAGCGUCUUGUAUCGAUAAGUCGGUCGCCUCCUACAAACAGACGAAUGGGUACGCUCUUGUCAAUUUGUUGCCGCUAGCGCAAAAGAAUUUUGUGUGUUUGGACUCGGAGUCAGGCCGACACAUGAUUCCGCGGAUCAACUUUAUGCUCCAGGAAGUUGCGGGGAUCGACGAUGGUGAUGCUGUGGCCAGUACUUCCACCUGCAAGAAAAAGUACACCAUCACGCUCAGUGAGGAAGACUACGCUGUGUGUAUAACGAAGCCUGGCGCCGAGAUGACCAUCAGUGGAGAGGACAUGCUACUUACCGUGACGUACGCAGGCGACGUAAAAGUGACUUCUAACGGCGGUGAAACCACUGGGUGUCGGCGAGUGUCGGUGCCGUUUGAAGUAAAGGAAGCUCUUGGCAAAACGUUGCUGGCUCCUGGCCAUUGA